GGCCUAUCUUCUUCCUGGCUCAUUCCGACUGACUGACCGACGCCUGGUCCCCUGUUCUCUCGAGCCCUUCCCAAUCCAGUCUGCGGGGCUGCGGCGGCCGGCUUGACAUCUGACUCAGGCUGCGGCAGUGUUAGUUCCGGCCUCCGGCCAAGGUGGAGGCCGGGCAAGGGAAGGUGGCGGCGGAGGGCGGGUCUGAACUCGAAUCCGGCGGCGGCAUUCGCUCCGGCCACGGCAGAUGGACCCCGCGGCGGCGGUCGGCCCAACCAUGGCGGAGGCCGGGAAGGGCAGCGCGGCGCCGGCGGAGCUCGGCCGCGGAUCACCGGGAAGCCGAGUCCUCGUCCCCUCCGCGGCGGCGGCCAAUCCGGACGCGCCUGCCCCUUCACGCGGUCGCUCUCCAGCAGUGGCGCCCACGGAAGGUCGUGAUCCUGUGGGGCCCGCGCGGGGGACAUCUCGGCCCCACGGCAAGCGCGCUCGGGAGCGUCCGAUCAGGCGCGCCCGGAGACGUGCAGCCAACGGACGGCGCAGAUGCGUCCGGGCGACGGACGCGAGUGCUACAAGAGGCUGCGGGGUGCGUUGGCGGCAUGCCCGUAGCGCAACCGCUUUUCGCUUCGCAAGAGCAAGAACCAGCAGCGGAGCAAAAGGUGAAGGAAAGCAAACGAUCCCUAUGGGUGCAUCUUUCAGCCAACCGUUUCCUUCGUUGGACAAAUGUACUAAAGGAGGAGAAAAUGACAGGAUUAGUUAUGCAACAUCAGCUAUGCAAGGUCGGGCUGAGACCAUGACCGAUGCUCGUGCAGCUGUCCCAGAUCUAGAUGACCUCACAUCUUUCUUUGGUGUUUAUGAUGGCCAUGGAGGAGCUUCAGUAGCAUUGUUUUGUGCAAAACAACUUCAUAUUGAGCUUCGCAACCAUCAAGACUAUCAAGCCAAUCUGCCUGAUGCUAUGCGGAGCGUGUUUUUUAGAAUGGAUGAGCUGCUGGAACUAUCAGAUGAAUGGAAGGAAUCACUGCGUCCUGCUACUAGUAACAAUCUGAUGCAGUCUCUCAGAGCUCUUUGUUGUGUGCCCAAAAUUAAGGAAACGGACCCUUACGUACCACCACAAGAGACAGGAAGCACAGCAUGCGUAGCUGUCAUUAGAGGCCACCAGAUCAUUGUUGGAAAUGUUGGUGAUUCUCGUUGUGUAGCCUCAAGGAAUGGUCAGGCAAUUGUUUUAUCCGCCAAUCACAAACCACUGAACCAGACUGAAAGAAACAGAAUUCAAGCAGCAGGCGGACAAGUACUCAGGGAUCCUACAGCAGAAGGGAAACGGGCGGGUGUCCCUGGGAUUAAUGGAAGGUUAACCGUCUCCAGAGCGAUUGGUGAUUUCGCAUACAAGCAUAAAAGUGGUUUGACUCGUGAACAACAAAUGGUGACCUGUGAGCCAUCAGUUCGCAGUUUGGAUAUAACCCAUGAUGUUGAGUUCCUCAUUGUAGCAACUGAUGCUAUCUGGGAUACUAUGAUGACUAGUCAGGGUGUGGUUGAUCUUGUAUGCCACUACAUAAGAAAUGGGGUGAAUGAUCGUGCCAUCUGUGAGCAGCUUUGUCAACGUUCCCUGAAGUCGUUGGACAACUCGACUGUCAUACUGGUUCGGUUCAAUCCCCUCAGUAGGCUUCCUCCUCCCCUUCCCAAGAACGUCCCCCUGGGGGCUCUACUGGAAGAGGAUGAGGAACUUGAGGGCGGCGAAAUGGCGCUCCUCCUUGGGUAAUGAUGAUGAUGAGAUAUGGGAAGUAUGAUGGUAGCUGCACAGAGUCUUGAGUUUCGGGUUCAGAGAAGAAAGCUCCCUGGGUUUUGGAAGUUUUGCUACAGUAUGCCGUCUGAUUUCCUUUUUUCCGUCUUUAAGAUAGACAGGGUUUUUGCAAUGCCACUGCAUAGAGCGUAAUCGGUGUAGCUGUUUCCUCGUACAAUAGUCUUAAUGCUGAUGUCUGGGUACGUUCCAGUGGAGAUUUUGCUUGAGAGCCACUUGAAUCCACGCACUUUGUUGUCCUCAUCUCUGAAUCCUGGAGAUGCUUAAUCCAGUUACUGGUACAGUUUAUAA